AUGCCCGAUCGCACCCGGAUUAGUACUCGUACAUGGGCAGGAAUUUUGGUUACCCACGGAGUAUACUACGAAAACUCGUGCUACCCGGUAGUUCUUGGGCUAGAAGUGGGUGACCCCAGUGUCUCUCGAAAUCGAGACCAAAAAAUCGACGGCUCCAUUGCCUUUUCCCCCGUCCCUCGUCCUGAUAUCUCCGGCCUUGAGCAUGGCUCGGCUCAGUUCUCUGGCACAUACGAAGUAUACGGAUACAAACGCUCAUAUCCAUUAUCCACGAGUAGUGCGGCCCCUCAAGGACGCCACAUGCACUCCGUCAAGCUAAUCACCGUUUAUCACGCUCCAUCAGGGCACACGGCAUUGAGGUCUCACAUUUCAUGCCAUGAACUCGCAGAUGCCCGCACACAGUCUUAUACCAGAACAUUGCGGAGCAGGUAUUUGCGCGAAUACUCGUACUCAUCCCUCGCUACUAGACAGUUUGUCCGCCCCGAUCUCGCCAGGCAACUAGCGUCCACCCAUCCUGAUGCGGAUACGCGCAGCUCUCCAGUCCAGCUCGUCCAAGGCUGGCUCCAAACAGGUCCCUAG